UUUCGAGUAUUAAAGUGCCUUCAUUGCAAAGCUAUUGUCCGAAACGGUGCGGGUGCCAAGUGGCUGAAGUGAUCGAGUACAACACUUCGAACGGGUCCGAGCAAUAUUAGUACCACGAGUGGCAAGUUCUGCGACAGUUAAUCGUGCGGUGCUGAGCCGAGAAGAGCGAGCAAACGUAGUUUUGCUUCUGCCAAAAAACCAAGCUUGGCAGAACUAACCUUUGGCACCCAAGAAAGCCACUGGAGUUAUUUGUUGCAACAGCAUCGAAAUGUUAUGUGAUUUAGAAAAAAAGGUCUAACGUUCAAGUAAAAGUGUAAAGUGUUGUUGCAAUUACUUAACAACGUGAAUAUUGCGUAUAUCUACGAUACCGAAAACGAGUGUGGCUAAGUUAAACGUGAGGCCCUCACGCGGGCUAACCAAGUACGGCUAGAGGUUCACAAAAUGAAGGGUUUCGUGUUCCUACUGUUUGUGUGCGUCGUCUGCUGUGUCAGGACGACCCUGUCCCUACCACAGGUGGUAGUGCAGCGCGAUGAGCUAACGGAAGAGGAAAUGCUGGCCGCUUUGGAGCAGUACGACCAGGAUGUUCGAGAUCAUUGUAAUCGUAACGUUAUCGCCGAGUGGAAUGUAGCUACCGAUUCGGAAAACAUUGAGCUACAAGAAAUUCAGAACAAUGUGUCGCUUGAGUUUGCGAAAUUCCGCAACGACUAUUACGAACAGUACUUCAAAGCGGCCAACGUGGAGAGCUACCAGAGUGAAAAGGUGCGCAAACAGCUGCGGUUGCUUAAGGAUCUAGAUACGGCCGCUUUGCCCGCCGAAAAGUUGGCCACCUUGAAUCGUGUGAUGCACAAGAUGGACACAGCCUAUCAGCUGGCGGAAGUGUGCCCAUACAACAACCAGCAGUGUGGUUCUUCCGAUUCGAAAUGGACACUGGAUCCGGAGUUGGAUCAGGUGCUGGCCGAAUCGACCGAUUACGACGAGUUAGUGUAUGCGUGGCGUAGCUGGCGCGACGAGUCUGGAAGGAAGAUGCGCUCGGACUACAACGAUUACGUGGAGCUGGUUAACGAGGCAGCCCGGAUGAACGGAUACGAUGACUAUGGGUCGUUGUGGCGGUCGAAGUACGACGAUUCGCAUCUGCGGGAAACGCUCGAGCGUCUCUGGUCCGAGGUCGAGCCACUGUACGAUGAACUGCACACGUAUGUGCGCUACCGGUUGUUCGAACUGUACGGCGACCGGAUGGAUGAGGACAACCCCAUGAUACCGGCGCAUCUUCUCGGCAAUAUGUGGGCGCAAUCGUGGGUGAAUCUGUACGAUCGCUUGAAACCCUUCCCGAACGCGAGUUUGGUCGAUGUGACGGCAAAAAUGAAGGAGUUGGGAUACAACGCCACCAAGAUGUUCGAGAUGUCAGAUGAGUUCUACCAGAGCUUGGGGCUGCCGAGUAGUGCCAUGAGUUACGGUCCGAAGGCGGUUAUCGAGAAGCCACCGCAGAAGAUUGUCUGCCACGCGUCGGCCUGGGACUUUUGCGAUGGUGAAGAUUUUCGUAUUAAGAUGUGCACGAGCGUGAACAUGGAAGACUUUGUCACCGUUCACCACGAGAUGGGCCACAUCAUGUACUAUCUCCUGUACAAGGAACAACCGUACCUGUUCCGCACCGGGGCGACACCUGCCUUCCAUGAAGCCGUAGGUGACACGAUCGCAUUGUCGGUUUCUACUCCGAACCAUCUGCGAAAGGUAGGCCUACUAGACGAGUACGCCGAUAGCCAAGCGGACAACAUUAAUGCACUGUUCGAGAUGGCACUGGAGCGGGUAGCGUUCCUUCCGUUCGGUUACCUAAUAGACAUGUGGCGUUGGGACGUGUUCAGCGGAGCGGUAAACGAAAGCCAGUGGAAUGCGCACUGGUGGAAGUUGCGCGAAAAAUACCAGAAAGUAUAUGCACCGGUCGAGCGUACCGAAGAUGAUUUCGAUCCCGGCGCAAAGUACCACAUUCCAGCCAGCUCGCAGUACAUUGCGUACUUUUUGGCGCACAUCCUUGAGUUUCAGUUCUACCGGUCGCUGUGCGUGGAAGCCGGGCAGUACGAUCCGACGAACGAAUCGAGCCAACCGCUACACAAGUGCGACUUCUACAAUAGCAAAGCGGCCGGUGAAAAACUACGCGAAGGUCUGUCCCUUGGCUACAGCGAAGAUUGGCAGGAGGCGCUGGAAAAACUUACCGGCGAACGGGACAUCAGCGGAAAGGCCCUGCUGGAGUACUUCGAGCCGUUGUAUCAGUUUUUGAAGGAAGAAAACCGCAAAUUUAAGGCCGCCGAAAUGGAGCAGAUCGUCGAACGGUACAGUGAACAGUACUCGUUGGCUUGCAAUGCGCAGGUGAAGGCACAGUACGCCACGCAGGUGGACGUCGGUAAUCCGCAGCUGCAACAGGAGCUGACGGAGGUUAUGAACGCCAACACGCAGUUUGUGCUGGACAACUACAACCGUUUCUUCGCGGACGUUGAUCCGACGAUGUUUUCCGAUCCGAUGGUAAGCCGCCAGCUACAGUUCCUGACGGAAAUUUCCGUCAACAAGCUACCUCAGGAGGACCUAUCGAAGCUUCAUUACGCACUGGGACGAAUGCAAAACACUUACAGCAGUGCCAAAAUAUGUCCCUUCACUGACCAGACAUGUAAGACGAGCGGUGCCCUUUCGUUGGAUCCCGAGUUGUACGAAGUGAUGGCCAAAUCGGAAAACUACGACGAGCUCUUGUACACGUGGCAGGAAUGGCGCCACAAUACCGGACGACAGAUGAAGCGCGACUAUAGCGACUACGUGGAAAUCAUGAAUCGGGCUGCCAAACUGGGCGGAUACGAUGACAUGGGUGAACUUUGGCGGGGUGCAUUCGAGCAGGAAGACUUCGUGGACGGAAUGAAGCGCUUGUGGAGUGAACUGCAACCGUUCUACGGUGAGCUACACGCGUACGUUCGUCGCCAGCUGAAGGCCAUCUACGGUGACCGGAUGGAGGAGCACGCCGGGAAGAAGGACACCAUUCCAGCCCAUCUGCUAGGCAAUAUGUGGGCACAAUCGUGGGUGAAUCUGUACGAUCGCACGAAACCGUUCGCCAACACGGUCGAGCUGGACAUUACGGACACGCUGAAGGCGAAAAAUUAUACCGCGCGACAAUUGUUUGAGAUUGCCAACGAUUUUUACGUGGGACUCGGACUGCCGGACAACAGUAUGAGCUACGAUGUGGCCCGCGGAGCGAUGAUCGAAAAGCCCACAGACGGCAGGGUGGUGACGUGCCACGCUUCGGCCUGGGACUUUUGCGACCGGCAGGAUUUCCGCAUCAAGAUGUGCACGCGUAUGAACAUGGAGGACUUUGUGACGAUUCACCACGAGAUGGGUCACAUCAACUACUACAUCCUGUACAAGGACCAACCGGUGACGCUACGCAGCGGCGCCAAUCCAGGCUUCCAUGAGGCCGUGGGAGAUACGAUUUCGCUGUCCGUGGCCACGCCGAAACAUUUCGAGAAGAUUGGACUGCUGCAGGGCUAUGACGAUACGUACGAGGAGAACAUCAAUGCGCUGUAUCAGAAGGCACUGGAUCGCGUUGCGUUCCUACCCUUCGGGUUGCUGAUCGACAUGUGGCGCUGGGAGAUCUUUGCCGGCAAGGUGGACUAUUCGCGCUGGAACGAGCGAUGGUGGGAGCUGCGCGAGGAGUACCAGAAGGUGUCCGCACCGGUCGAGCGGGACGGCGAUGACUUCGAUCCCGGUGCAAAGUAUCACAUCCCGUUCGAUAGCCAGUAUGUGUCGUACUUUAUUGCGCACAUUCUAGACUUGCAGCUGCAUAAGGCGCUCUGCUUGGCCGCCGACCAGUACGAUCCGAAUGAUCCGGAAAAGCCACUGCACAAGUGCGAUAUCGAUGGGUCACGUAGCGCUGGUGAUCUAUUGCGAGCAGGAUUGUCCCUCGGACGGUCCGUGCAUUGGUCGCAGGCCCUGAAGGCGAUGACUGGCGAGACUGAACUACGCACCGACGCACUGCUGGAGUACUACAAACCGUUGUAUGAUUUUUUGAAAGUGGAAAACGCCAAAGCGGGAUGCUCCAGAGCGACCGUGACAUCGUUGUUAUUUGUUUUGUUACCGUUUUUACUAUGCUUCUUCCGAUCCAGUUAGAAGCAAAUGUGUUUGUAUGUUUUUCUGAACCGUAUGUUAUAAGUUCUAAAAUUGUUUGUUUUUCGAAUGUAAAAAGAGCCGGUCGCAGGCAGAUCGGCGCCGUGGGUUCGGCGCAAUAUGCAUGCCUACUUUCUUAUCGUACCGCGACUGACGCGGAUGUGAUACGGAGCCGGGUGCCAAUGGCCCGCGGAAGACGUAUGUUGCGCUGGUCAGUGAACGCCAAUUGAUAGUUAACGAUGUUAAAUUUCUUCAAGCGUUCCGGUUUAGUCUGGGGUGAUCUUGGUGCGGUGGUGCGGAACGAUACGGCUCGUGUUUUAAACGAAUAUGCUUGGCAGUUGCCUGCGCAUCAAAACAGAGGGGAAAAAAAUGACUGUAGUGAAAUUGUAAUAUUUGAAAGUAGGUUGAAACAAUCUAAUGAUUCAAAACAUGAAUAAAGCAAAAGUUGUUAAUUCCACA